AUGUCAGGCGCGAGUCCUCAGAACGUCAUCCGCAGAAAGCUAGUUAUCAUCGGAGAUGGUGCCUGCGGCAAGACGAGUCUGUUAAGUGUAUUUACUUUGGGAUACUUUCCAACUAUUCCCACAGUCUUCGAAAACUACGUCACCGAUUGCAGAGUGGAUGGAAAGUCUGUACAGCUGGCUCUCUGGGAUACAGCCGGUCAGGAGGACUACGAGAGACUACGACCCCUUGCAUACGCCAAAGCGCAUGUCAUCCUGAUAGGAUUCUCCAUCGAUACGCCUGAUUCCCUCGACAAUGUGAAGCACAAGUGGAUUGAAGAGGCACAGCGCCUCUGCGCUGACGUGCCUAUUAUUCUGGUUGGGCUGAAAAAGGACCUGCGCGAAGACCCAGUUGCGAUCGAGGAUAUGCGUAAAAAGUCUUUGCGAUUCGUCACAUCCCACGAAGGCGAAAUGACGGCUCGCGAAAUCGGAGCAAGAAGAUAUCUGGAGUGUUCCAGUCUGAGCGGCGAGGGUGUCGACGACGUGUUCGAGGCAGCUACUCGAGCAGCCCUCUUGACGUUUGAGAAAGGCGAGGGUUCAGGCUGCUGCGUCAUUCUAUGA